AAAAAAAAAAAUCCUAGUGUAAGCAGUUCAACAGUUAUUACACAACCUUUUCUCUUCACCGCGUGAUCAAUUUUUUUCUUCUAAACUAAAUUUAGAAACAGAACCGAAACCCUAAAAUUCUUACUCCGAUUCAAUUUGAAUUUAUUAGCAAUCAAUUUUGAAUCUUAGACCAAAUUGGAAUUGAUUGGUUUGUACAAAUGGCAGAAGAGACAAGUGGAGGUGGAUCUGAAAUAACGAAUGGCGUGGGACUGUCAUCAAUGGACUCAAUGGAGUCGAGAUGGGUAUUCCAGAAUGACGACGAAUCGGAGGUGGAUGAGGAUGAGGAAGACAGAGAGUCUGAACAUCGCGCUGGAUUGGAUUCUGAAGACGAGGAAAGUGGUGAACAACGCUUGAUUCGCACAGGACCUCGUAUUGAUUCAUUUGAUGUCGAAGCUCUUGACAUACCCGGCGCCAUUCGAAAUGACUAUGAGUUGCAGGACUUCAGUGUGGGAAAGAGAAUCAUACUUGUUUUUCAGACACUUGGUGUCGUCUUUGGUGAUGUUGGAACAAGUCCGUUAUAUACCUUUGAUGUGAUGUUUACCAAGGCUCCUAUAAAUGGAAAUGAAGAUGUUCUUGGGGCAUUAUCACUGGUUUUAUAUACCUUGAUCUUGAUUCCACUGGUGAAGUAUGUCUUUGUUGUUCUUUGGGCCAAUGAUGAUGGUGAAGGUGGUACUUUUGCAUUGUACUCGUUGAUUUGUCGGCAUGCUAAGGUUAGUCUUCUCCCAAAUCAGCUUCCUUCUGAUGCUCGUAUAUCAAGCUUCAGACUGAAGGUGCCAUCGGCUGAACUGGAGAGAUCACUGAAAAUCAAGGAAAGACUUGAGAACUCACAGACUCUGAAAAGGCUUCUACUGAUGUUAGUGCUUGCUGGUACUUCUAUGGUGAUAGCUGAUGGGGUUGUUACACCGGCAAUGUCAGUAAUGUCAGCUGUUGGUGGUCUAAAGGUUGGAGUAACUGCCAUUAAGCAAGAUGAAGUGCUGAUGAUUUCAGUUGCCUUUCUCGUAAUUUUGUUCAGUGUACAAAAGUAUGGUACAAGCAAAGUAGGAAUGGCUGUAGGUCCUGCUUUAUUUAUAUGGUUUUGCUCUCUUGGUGGCGUUGGGAUUUAUAACCUUGUAAAAUAUGACAGCAGUGUCUUGAGAGCAUUUAAUCCCAUUCACAUCUAUUUAUUUUUCAAGAGAAACUCAACUAAGGCUUGGUCUGCACUUGGAGGUUGUAUUCUUUGUGCAACAGGUUCUGAGGCAAUGUUUGCAGAUCUUUGCUACUUUUCAGUGCGAUCAGUUCAGCUUACAUUUAUGUUUCUCGUUUUACCAUGCCUUCUGUUGGGUUAUUUGGGUCAAGCAGCUUACCUUAUGGACAACCAUUCUGGAGCUGAGCAAGUUUUUUUCAAUUGCAUUCCAACUGGCGCUUUCUGGCCUAUCCUCCUCAUUGCUAACAUAGCAGCACUGAUUUCAAGUCGGGCUAUGACCACCGCAACAUUUUCGUGUAUAAAACAAUCAACUGUGCUUGGUUGUUUCCCUCGUCUUAAAAUCAUCCAUACCUCUCGAAAAUUCAUGGGCCAGAUUUAUAUCCCAGUUAUUAAUUGGUUUUUGUUGGUCGUGUGUGUGUUGUUUGUCUGCUCUAUCGCAAGCAUUACUGAGAUGGGAAAUGCAUAUGGCAUUGCUGAGCUGGGAGUGAUGAUGAUGACAACAGUUUUAGUGACUAUCGUUAUGCUUCUUAUAUGGCAGAUAAACAUUAUAAUUGUGCUCAGCUUCGUGGUUUUUUUCCUGGGAAUGGAGCUGACCUUUUUCUCGUCGGUUUUGGGGAGUGUGGGGGAUGGAAGUUGGAUAAUAUUGGUUUUCGCCAUAAUAAUGUUUUUUAUAAUGUACAUCUGGAACUAUGGAAGUAAGCUGAAGUAUGAAACUGAAGUCAAGCAAAAACUGUCAAUGGAUUUGAUGCGGGAACUGGGCAGCAAUCUUGGGACAAUUAGAGCUCCUGGAAUUGGCUUGCUUUAUAAUGAGUUGGUGAAGGGAAUACCUGCAAUUUUUGGCCAUUUUUUGACUACUCUUCCAGCAAUUCACUCCAUGAUUAUAUUUGUUUGUAUAAAGUAUGUUCCAGUUCCUGUUGUGCCACAAAGUGAAAGGUUCCUUUUCCGAAGAGUGUGUCCAAAAAGCUACCACAUAUUCCGAUGUAUAGCCCGGUAUGGCUACAAGGAUGUUCGCAAAGAAAAUCACCAGGCAUUUGAGCAGCUGUUAAUUGAGAGCCUUGAGAAGUUCAUUCGUCGGGAAGCCCAGGAACGGUCAUUGGAAAGUGAUGGGGAUGAUGAUAAUGAUUCUGAGGAUGAUUUAACUAGUACAAGACUUCUCAUAGCUCCUAAUGGAAGUGUCUACUCGCUUAAUGUUCCUCUCCUGGCUGAGUUCAAGGACAAAAGUGAGCCCAUUUCAGAAGCAAGCACCUCUGAAGAGGUGAAGCCUGAAAUGCCUGUAGAUUCUACAAAUUCUGAUCCAGAGCAGAGCCUGGAGAGGGAGCUGUCUUUUAUUCGCAGGGCUAAAGAAUCUGGGGUCGUUUAUCUUCUUGGCCAUGGAGAUAUUAGAGCAAGGAAGGAUUCCUGGUUUAUCAAGAAGCUUGUCAUAAAUUAUUUCUAUGCUUUCUUGAGAAAGAACUGCAGGAGGGGGAUUGCGAAUUUGAGUGUUCCCCACUCACAUCUCAUGCAGGUUGGGAUGACUUACAUGGUUUGAUGCUUGAUUCUGCUUCCAGGAAGGGCAGAUCUCAACAUGAAAAGUUUGACACUCUUCGUCUUAUGGCAUGUUCAGCUGUCAAUGUAAGUUGCAUCCGUUAAUUUACACAAGCUUACACAAUUUUCUUGAUUAUUGAUGGCCCUUUGGAUCUGCCAAUCAUUGAAUUUUUUCCACCUUGUUGAUCAGGAAUUUUUCUAGUGUUUCAGCUUGGGUUGUCUUUGAUGUAUUCAAUUUUUACUAUUCCAACAGAUGCAUAUGGAAAUUGCCUCUUGUAACCAGCAUGUUUUAAGUGAUGUGAAUGUGAUUUUUCAUAAAUCUAGUUGCCGCCGCAAAAGGCCUGUUCAAAAUUUAUAUAUUUUGGCCUAGUCAUUCCAUCACAGACUUAAUAAAAAGGGCAUGAAGAAUAGGUAACAGGUCAGCUGCCUGGACUGAUUCACUGUAUUGAUACCUGAGUUAAAAUCUGGCUUUAAAAAAGCCCAUCAUAGAAUUUUGUAUUUAGGCAUUUUCAUUGUAUUUUGUUUUCUUUUAUUAUUAUUAUUAUUUUGUUUUUC